UCCGCUGACAAUCCAUGACAUGGCUACGACGUCAGUUUAGGUCCAACUUUGUUCGGUCUACCGGUGGAAAGCGUCAAUCUCACCGCCUCGUUCUACGACCAUAUCAAGAGGAAUGUUUGGAAGCUUGCGUUCAAGCUCUUAGUGAGGGAACAUCCCGACUAGGUGUUUCCUUACCCACCGGUUCCGGGAAAACGACGGUUUUUAUCUCAUUGCUAUCAAGGAUGUGUUCCCCUCCGUCCUCAGAGGCCUCUAGAGCUCUCAUUAUAGUGAACAACAUUGAGCUGGCCACACAAUCUGCAGAACAGGUUUCGAGGCUCUUUCCAGCAUGGAGUGUUGAAAUAGAACAGGGUGUUAAACAUAGGGCUACUGGGCGUGCAGACGUGACCGUUGCUACUUAUCAAACUCUGCUGCAGCCCGCACGGUUAGCCAAAUUCGAUCCCAGAGGACUGAAGGCUAUCAUUGUGGACGAAGCUCAUCACGCUGCUGCCCCCUCUUAUCGACGACUGCUGUCCCAUUUUGAUCGCGACAUCAAACAUCCCGGCGACCAGAAAUUUACGCCCGCAAACAUAGGACACAAGAUUCCCAUUAUAGGAUUUUCAGCUACUUUCAGUCGCCACGAUGGUCUCGCGUUGGGUUCCGUUUUCCAAAGGAUCGUGUACCACCAAGACUUUCUCCAUAUGAUCAAACAGGAGUGGUUAUGUAAUGUCAGAUUCACAACUGUACAAGCAAACCUGAACUUGAAAGAAGUUACAGUCCACUCUAAAGCCGGUGAUUUCAACCCCACGAGUUUGGCGCAAGUGAUAAAUACAGAAACAAUCAACCAACUCGUCGUCCAGACGUGGCUUGAUCGUGCUGCUUCUCGAAAGUCUACACUCGUGUUUUGUGUAAAUAUUGCACAUGUAAAAGCGUUAACUCAAACUUUUCGGGGUUUUGGCAUCGAUGCUCGUUAUGUUUCUUCGAAAUCACCGGCAAUCGAACGGAAAGCUCUCGUCAAUUCAUUCAGAUCAGGAGAUUUCCCAGUGCUCAUAAAUUGCUCAAUUUUAACGGAAGGUACUGAUGUUCCUAACAUUGAUUGUGUCGUGGUUGCAAGGCCUACCAGAUCUCGAAAUCUUUUCGCACAGAUGAUUGGCCGCGGUAUGAGGUUGUCGCCAGCGACAGGCAAAGAAGAUUGCCAUAUCGUCGACUUCGUGGAUAGCCAAUCCCGUAUUUCGGGAGUCGUAUCAACACCCACGCUUUUCGGAUUGAACCCAGACGAAAUCCAAAUCGAGGACGUGUCUCUUGAAACGCUCGAAAAGCACGUUUGUGAGAAGUUGAGAAUGGAUACGUCAGAUGAAAUUCCCAGUCCGAAAUCCAUUACAUAUACCGACUAUGAUGAUCCGUUCUCGUUCGUGGAGGGUUCAUCCGGUGCCCCUCACAUUAUGAGCCUGAGCCUGCAUGCUUGGGUGGGGUGUGGAGGUGGAAUUUAUGUGUUGGAAUGCUUGGGGAAGGGUUUCAUACGCCUUGAGAAAGUAGAAAAUCAUGAAGAGUUGGGCACGCAUUACAAAGCUACUUUUACACCCGCCGCAAUGGAUAAGGGGACCGCCUUUCGCCUUAAAGUCUCACCGUUCUUCAAAGUCCGGCAUGUGUUAACUUCAGAGAGCCUCUCGGAUGCAAUCAAGGGUUGCGAUACCUAUGUGAAAGCUAAGGUUGUGCGUGGCCAUCUCGCUAAAGCGCUUUUACGGACAGCACAUUGGAGAAGGGCUCCAGCCACGGAACAACAAAUGCAGUUCGUCAACAAACAUAUACUCAAGUCAGGAGCGACCACCCGUUCAAGAACGAUCACCAAAGGAGAAGCUGCCAAUAUUAUUACUCGUUUGAAACAUGGUGCCAAGUCUCGUCACCAAAAGAAAGCAAAGGCAUCUGCGAAGGAACUAAAGUUUGCCGAGCAGGAGGCGAAUCGUCGUUCGAGAGAAUUAGUUCAAGUCGGACCAUUAGAACAAGAGUCGUAG